CUCCAAAAGCUCUUCUCGUUGUUUGUGGUCUCGGCGGCACAAGAAGAAGAAGAAGAAAACAGGGCUCUAGAUUCAACCAUGGUGGCUGUGAAGAAAACCAAGAAGACCCAUGAGUCUAUCAACAACAGGCUCGCUCUCGUCAUGAAGAGUGGCAAGUACACUCUGGGCUACAAGACCGUCAUCGACACUCUUCGUAGCUCCAAAGGGAAGCUGAUUAUAAUCUCGAACAAUUGCCCUCCUCUGAGAAAGUCGGAGAUCGAGUACUACGCCAUGCUUGCUAAGGUUGGAGUUCAUCACUACAAUGGAAACAAUGUUGACCUGGGUACAGCAUGUGGCAAGUAUUUCCGAGUGUCGUGCCUUAGCAUUAUUGAUCCAGGUGAUUCGGAUAUCAUCAAGACACUGCCUGGUGAUCAGUGAUGGACUGCUGGACACUGCCUCCGUUGUCAAAGUAUUACUUUUCUUAGGCUUGUUUGCUCUAUUCACCAAUGAUGUAAUGCCCCGCUUUUGUUUGAAGAUUUUGUUUGCGGUUCUGUUAGUAGUGACUUGAUGAGACUUGAUCCUGCUGUUUAGACGAUUAUUUUUAAGUUAUUUUUGUUAUAAUUGGGUACUCACA